AAAUUCAAUUAUCUUUUUCUCUGCAUCCUUAGUUCUCUCUUAUCUAGGUUUAGGAUUUUCCGAUUGAUCUGAACGAUGUCGUCCACUGACGCAACUCAGAAGAUGAUAGUGCUAAAAAGUUCCGACGGGGAGACGUUCGAGGUGGAGGAGACGGUGGCGCUGCAGUCGCAGACCAUCAAACACAUGAUCGAGGAUGGUUGUGCCGACACCAGUAGACCUCUCCCCAACGUUACCUCCAAGAUCCUGGCUAAAGUCAUUGAGUACUGUAAGCGCCAUGUUGAAGCCGCCGCGGAUGGCACGCCUGCAACUGCCGAUAGGGUAGCUGAUGAGGACCUCAAGGCGUUCGAUGCCGACUUUGUGAAAGUCGAUAAAAGCACUCUUUUUGAUCUCAUUUUGGCUGCCAACUACUUAAACAUCAAGAGCUUGCUUGACCUUACAUGUCAAACAGUGGCGGACAUGAUCAAGGGGAAGACUGCUGAGGAAAUUCGGAAGACAUUCAAUAUUAAGAACGAGUUCACUCCGGAGGAGAAGGAAGAAUUACGAAGGGAGAAUGCUUGGGCAUUCGAGUGAUGAUGAAGAAUGUGCAACGUGCAUAUUUUGUUGUAGGCUUUGAUCUAUAACUCGUUUGGAAAUAAGUUCUCUCGUCUUUUUUAUGCUGAACCUUGUUUCUCUCCCUGUUAUUAUGUCUGUAACAGUACAUUAAGCUGGUUGUGUUAACCGUAAACAUUAUAACUUCCUGUUUUCCUCUGCUUACGAGUUAUAAUUCAAUUCUUGUAAAUUUAA